AUGCCUCCGACCUCUUGCGCUCGUGUGGGCUCAUUGCGCUUCGCGUCGAGCACCGUCUUUGGGCGCGCCGCGACACCGUCCUUUACCCCCGUAUGCCGCCGUUUCUUGAGCCUUUCCACGCAAUGCGUCCCUCGGCAGUCCGUUCUCAAAACCUCCAACUAUGGCAUAUUUUCUCGCUGUAAACUUCUGGGACAGCCCUUUUCUCCUCGAUAUCUCUCCCUUGGGUCUAUUUUCUCGCGUAACAAGCCUUCCCCGUCACCCUCACCGUUAACCGUGGCACAUAUAACCAGCCUGGAGUCCGAAGCUAACACUAAUAACCACGAUGUACCAAAACAACUGGCAUUGUUUCAGGCGCUGAUACAAACGGACCUGAAGCCUGGAUAUGAGUUGGUGACGACACGUUGGGAGAGGAUGUGUGAAUUCGACUCCUCGUCCCCGUUACUAAAAUCCGACGAAGCAUUUCAGCUAUACUUAACGGCUCUUCUCAGGCUAGGCAACCCCUCAUCAAUCCCCGCUGCUGUUCGGCGGCGCGACUCGCUUCUUGUCGGCACAGGCGCAACUACAAUCCCCUCGCAAACCGAAGGCUCACAGGUCGUGGCAGAAGGUGAGGCUGUGGCCGCGUCUGCUAAAGACCCUUCAGGAUCCCUUCUCGAGGGAGCCUCUGGGAGGCCGGUAUCGAAAAGUCAAGAAAUUGCCGAUUCAGUCUUGUCUGCCCAAGCCCUGGGAUCGACGGGAACGCCUGUGCCUCCUGGUUCUGAUAUGGCAAAGUUAGCCGCUGCGAUUCAAGCAGCGGGUGGCAGCGCGGCUGCCCCCGUCCAAGUCUCAAUAGUUGAACGCAAAGGAGCCUGGGCGCCUCGCCUGACGCGAUUUAUCAUACUCACCGCUCUCGGCAGCUUCUUUAUUCUUAUCAUCUUCGCCGUCCUCUUGGAGAAUUCUGGCCUCAUGAAGGCAGGCCCUCGCCAAGCGGAGUUCGUUCCUUCUGAAGGAAAGACGGUCACUUUUAGCGAUGUCCACGGUGUAGAUGAGGUCAAGGAUGAAUUGAAAGAUGUAGUGGCGUUCCUAAAGGACCCGACUACCUUCGCUACGCUUGGUGGCAAACUUCCGAAAGGUAUUCUAUUGACUGGAUCUCCCGGUACUGGCAAAACCCUCCUCGCACGCGCCGUUGCAGGCGAAGCUGGUGUUCCAUUUUUCUUCGCAUCGGGUUCUGAUUUCGAAGAGAUGUUCGUUGGUGUGGGUGCGAAACGCGUGCGGGAUCUCUUUGCCGCGGCUCGGAAGAAGCAACCUGCCAUUAUCUUCAUUGACGAACUUGAUGCCGUCGGCGGCAAGCGAAGCAGCAGGGACCAGCAAUACAUGAAGCAAACCCUGAAUCAGCUUUUGGUCGAAAUGGACGGGUUUAUGCAGACUGAAGGGAUCAUCGUUAUUGCUGCCACCAAUUUUCCCGAAAGUCUUGAUUCCGCAUUGAUUCGUCCAGGUCGAUUUGACAGAACGAUAGCGGUUCCGCUUCCUGACAUCCGCGGCAGAGUCCAAAUUCUGAAUCACCACAUGAAGGGUGUCACCACAAGCCCAGACGUUGAUCCGACCAUACUCGCCCGAGGCACUCCUGGAUUUUCUGGAGCAGAUCUACAAAACAUGGUUAAUCAAGCGGCAAUACAAGCAUCCAAGGAACGUGCUACUGAAGUUACGUUGAAGCACUUUGAAUGGGCUAAGGAUCGUAUUGUUAUGGGUGCAGAGAGGAAGAGUCAAUAUAUUGACCCCAAAGCGAAGCUAGCGACUGCCUUCCAUGAGGCUAGUGGAGGCCACGCUCUUGUAGCAUUGUAUACCGAUGGCGCGAUGCCCCUCCAUAAGGUCACAUGUGUGCCCAGGGGACACGCUCUGGGUGUGACGUCGCAGCUGCCUGAGGAUGACCAAUACUCGGUGUCUUUUAAGCAGUAUCGAGCGGGCAUUGACGUUUGUCUCGGCGGUCGCGUUGCUGAAGAAUUAACCUACGGUACUGAGAAUGUCUCGAGCGGAGCAAGCUCCGAUCUCCAGAAGGCGACUGGCACAGCGACGGCUAUGGUGAAGUACUGGGGUUUCUCGGAUAAAAUAGGCAGAGUAUACUAUGGUGAUCGGGAUAAUAUUAGCCCUCAGCGAAGGAUAGAGAUUGAGGACGAAAUUAGGAAACUAAUACAAGACAGCGAAGAGAGAGUAACCAAGCUACUGAAGGAGAAGCAAGAGGAACUGCACAGACUUGCUCAUGCUCUCGUCGAGCACGAAACUUUGGAUGCUGAUGAAGUCAGGAAGGUGAUCAAGGGAGAGCAAAUCCGCAAUAUUUCUGAGAUCCUCCAGGAAGAGCUGUCUCAAACGACACCGUAG